AGUGGGCUGAGGAACUCAAUUUUUACGGCGGCUCUUACAGUCAUCCGUCGUGAAGGGGUUAAAAAAAAACACCUACAGAGGAGAAAUUUGACUUUAUGGAGUUUUCGUUUUAACACGUUAAUUACUCUUACUGAUGAUGAUGUAGAUUUCUUGAAUCCGAUUCGUCAGAGUUUAAGCAGGAGACACUCUGGCCUGGCUUACAGACUCUGCUGAAUUAACUGAGUACACGUAUGCUGUACACUCUGAUCUUCACUUGAUUCUCUUUUGAACUCAGCAAGAUAUAAUUUCAACCUUCCAAAAUAUUUUGUCCGCUGAAACAUUUAUUAUUCUUUUUUUUUUUCCCACUGGACUUUGUGUAGUUUGCAUCAGUCAUUUUGGGAAGUGGCUUGAUUUGUUGAAUUUUUAUUUUUCUGGAAUGUAUGUAUUAAAUUUUAGACAUAUUUGACAGAAAAUGUUCUGUCCAUCAUAAAAACGUCCUGAACAAAAUGGGGAGACUGGCACAAUAGUGCAGGAUAGCUCAGUUGGUAGAUAUUCUCUACAGUGCCAAUUUCUGUCGCCUACUUAACAUUAAUAUAUGAAAUUGUUUUCCGAUAUCAAGUCAACCAUAACUUUGAAGAUAGUAAAAUUUAGAUACAAAACUGUAUUGGUUUAUUUAAAAGACUUGCUCCAAUGAUGCAUGUUCAUAGGAAAUGCAUAAGAAAAAGGUAUAAUUCAUAAGUAGUGAGAGAUAUUUCUUUAAAUUAAUGUCUGUUUAUGAAAUUUAGGCUGCUUUUAAUGAAUUAUAAUAACAUAAUGUACCAUGGUGGAUACAAGUGGAUUUAGGGCCUUCAAGUCAGGUGUCCUUGUUUGUGUUAGUUAUUUUGCAUGUUGAUUUAUCUUAACUAUCUGUGAGAAUUUAUUUGUAAGAUUUUGGGCAUUGUUCAGAAUGUAAUGUAGGCUUAAUCUACAUUACAUCUGUGGUUUUCUUUAUGUUCUGUUGUUACUAUCUGUUUCUAUCUUCUUUAUAUCCCUGGGAAGGGGGUUAGAGGGAGGGUUGAGAUUAUUUUGAAAGGGCCGGUGAGUUUUAAUUUUGAGUUUUCAUUUUGACUGUUGCUGUAGUUUUUGUUCUUCAUUUGUGGUUUUUGGUUGGCUGUUUUCUUAAUUACUUCUGGGGCGCACGUUGUGUUUACCCCUGAGCACAGUUGAUAGCAUCCUCUCCCUCCAAAGCCCCAAGGAUAGACUCAUUACUGUGGGUUUUAUGAGGUAUACAUGUGUUCAUUCUUUAUUUUUUCCCAGCAGAAGCAGUGCAUCGUUUCCUUUCGUAAUACAACAAAGAAAAGAAGAUUAAGUGCUUAGAAUACUUACCCCUCAUGAUCAAGAUAAGGACGGUUUUACUUAUUAAAUUCCCCUACAUUUAGCAGAGGUAAAAGUAAUCCGAGUAAGAGUGAGAUUCAAGGUAGAAGAAAAUGUUUUUUUGCCUUUUUGAAAAGAAAAUGCUCGGCAAACUUUGAAAGUGAUUUGAGCAGAGAGACUUUGUACAAAAGGUAAUCAACAUAUUUCUUGUGAUUUCCAUUAUGCAUAUAUUUCUUUGUAACCGCAUGCAUAUGUUUAUCUUUAUGUUUAUCUUUCGUACUGAUAUUUAAGUUACAACAUUUAUUUAGUUCUCCGAAUAGAGCCAUCCAUUUACAAAACUGUGAUAGAUCCUGUUGGAUGUUGCAUAACUUGUGACAUCCCAAAAUGCUGCCCUUGAGUGGGGUAAGUGGUAUGUGCCCCUUGUAACUUGACAGUUGGCAAUUUUUGAAGCCAAUUUUGGGAAACUCUAGGUGAUCUCAGGCAGAUUCAUGAUCAGAAAGGAAGUUUGUAUAUUUCAAAUCAAAAUGACUUAUGAACUUGUGGGGCAACGUUAACACGUUUUGGAGAUGUCCUUAAAGCGAUGAUGCCCAUGGAUACCACUCCUGCAGCUGAAACUUAGACUAACCCUGUUUUCCUUUGUUCAUUCAUCUUGUUGAGAGUUUUUUAAAUGAUAAUAGUUCAUGAUGCGACCAUUUUAUGGGCAUAGUGAUUGAAAUAUGACAUUGGCUUGGAACCUUUGCUCGGAAAUUGGCGGGAAUUUGAGCUGCAAGGUGCAGAAUUGGCUUAGUAUGGCUACUUGGAUGUUGCAAUUAAGUUACACUGAACCAGACAAAAAUUGAAGAUCAAUCACUAUGGUCCCAGCCUGGUUACUAUAGUUAUCAGCAGAUUAAUGAUUAAUUUGAUUGAGGAGAUUACUUGACUAUUUUCAAUGUGGAUACAAAUAUCCACGUCAGUUGAGCAGAGUUGGUAAUUGGAACUUGUUGCUGUGCAAAAGUAGGGCACCAUUGGUCCAUUUAACAUAUUCAAGUUUUUCAGAAUGGCAUCUCUCAUUCACUGUUCUUUUUUUGCUAUCCUGGUAGCAAUGGCGUAUUUUUCCUACCCUGCCAAAGCCCAACUGACAACUGUCGUCCUCCCGCCGAUUUCCCAGGGAGCGGAGCUCUGUCUGAUCAUCAUACCGGGGGCAGAAAUCCCUGGCGAGUUUUAUCGUCCCGUGGCCGAGGCCAUUCAGAAAUUUGCACCCGCCGAGCUGUGGGUCGGCAUUGCAACAGGAUUUGUGGGCGACAUUCCCAACCCACUGCAACUGACGGCUGCUAUAGAUCUGGCCCUGGCAGACCUACGGGCAGCGGGGAUGAGUCGGUUCGGCGUGCCUACUUUCAUGGCAGGCCAUUCUCUUGGAGGCACGUUUGUCCAAAACUACGUAGCCUCCAACUCCAAUCAGGUCUCUGGCCUUCUCCUUUGGGGCUCGUACCUGACAGCUGCCCACCGUCAGCUUGCCUCCUACCCCGUGCCAGUCAUGCACCUGUCUGGGGACUUGGACGGCCUGACGCGCCUCACAAGACUUGCCGAUGUAUACAGCGAGAUGGAGGCCCUUGAAGCCACCGAUCCAGGCUCCCAAUUCCGCUAUUCUGUCGUCCUUCUUAAGGAUGUCAACCACGGCCAGUUUGCCUCGGGCGAGAUGCCCCCAAACGUCGUGGCCAAUGACAUUGCAUCCCCCUUGACUUUCGAGCAAGCUCAUGACCUGAUUGGUCAGGCCUCCGCCGACUUCAUCGUGUUGACAUUUGCAGCGCUGCCCGAUGCGAAGGACCGGAUCGAGAAGGUUUUGCAAGAGACCGGAGAAUUGUUUGCACCACUGUUAAUUGCAAAGGACAUGGAACAGGAAGGAGAGGCAUCACCGUGGGUGCUUCAUUCUCAGGAAGCUGUGAUCAGUGUCCCAGAAAGCCUUGCCAGUCGUCUUACUGUGAAGAACAGAGCCUACAGUGGCCUGAGGGAGUUUGCCCAGUCCAAACCCUCCAUCACCAAGGAAGCGAAUGGCAUUGUGACGGUGAAGUCCAGGGCCCGGGCCGAGUUCCCUCAGAACCUCGCCGAUGUGUCAUUGACGGAGCAGUCUGCCAAUGAGAUAGCAGCCAAGAUGAAGCGGCAGGAGGCAGUCAGAGAUGUACUGGGGGGUGAACGGUACAAUGAUACAGUGACAUGCAAAGAGAUUAACAUGAUGGCUCUCCAGUGGGCUCUUAGCAAGGCAUCUCCCACAGCCCGCAGCCGCUACGACAACCAGGGCCGGAAGAUGAAAUUCAAGUCUGACAUCCUCACUUUCACGGGCUCCACUUGGUUGUCGGAGAAGUUACGGCUGACUUACACGCCAAAUGGCGAUCUGGAGGUGACAUCGGUCGCUCUCCUCACGCCCGCUGCGUUUCCCAUCCAGAGCAUCGCUGGCAUGCAGUACUGCAAACUCCUGUCUCCAUACAGGGCCAUGGAAUGGAUCUACGUGGACAGCCUGCGUCCAUAUUAAUGUUUAACCCCAGGUGAACUGCCACGUGUGGUCCGUUUCCUUCGCUCUGUGUGGAAAAUGAGGCCAGAUUCUUUCUCCAGUUCUACUUCAACGGGUGAGGAUUCAAAACUGAGAGAGAGCAUUCCACUCAUGGGUACAUAAUAGUCACAAGAUGUAGUACUCCACUGUAUUUUAUGUUUAUUCUGAUGAUGUUUGAUGGGAAAGCAGGGCGGGGGUCAAAUGAAAAAAAACCCACUCCACAAAUUUGUUCUUUACUCAAUGCAGUCAUUACCUACACAAUUACACGAAGCCUUAUCACAUGUUGGUCUAAUUAUGUCUCUGAUUUGGCACUAGCCACCUGCAGGGUCCAUGCUCCCUUGCUCCCCCCCCCUUGCAAGGCCGGCUUUGCCCAUGAAUGACCUAUGACCCUUGACAUGUUGUUUUCAGUGUUCUCCCCCAAAGCAAUAAGCAAUUGGGACUUGUUUCAAUAUUGAGCAAAGGUUGGUGACAGCAGAAAGUGCCAAUUAACAAAAAGCAGUUAAUUGAA